UCGUGCUCGUCACCGCGUGGCAGACUGCUUUCGUUUUCAGAGAUGGCUUUGAAGGUGUUUGUCCACACCUUGGAAAAUCUGAACUGUGGCUGGCUAUGAAGAUGUUUCCAGUCCUUCCAGUACUUUGGUUUGGUUUGCUGGUUUUGUGGUCCUCAAACACUGUGCUGGAGGCCAACAACACAGAUGUCUGUCAGGAAGAAAUUGAUGAUGAUUAUCUGUUUCCACAGAGUUGGUCAGAGCUGGGCCAAUAUUUUGAGGUGGCUGCAAAAAUGGACCAAAACAUCUCCUGCCUCCUUCACCCAACAAAUAUACUCAACUGUUCCUGGUGGUUUCCCACUUUAAAGAAGGACACUCAGCUUUCUGUAUAUAUGAGUAUUUGUGAUGAUGUCGAAAGAGUUCACUUUCUAAACUGUUCCUCUGAGGAGAGAUUUGGCUCAAUGUGGAGAACUGUGUUGGAACAAAAUACGUUAAAUGUCAUCAUCCAGUUUAACGUAUCCCUGCAUGACAAGUGGACGGUCUACACCAAAACAUACGACAUGGAAAUGCUAGAGGUAUUGCCCCCACCAGAAAACAUCUCUGCAUCAAUCAAAGAUGGAGGCUUGGUGGUGACAUGGAGUAAGCCUAAAAGCCGGACAAAUCUUAACCUCCACUGCUCUGAAUUCGAGUUGGUCGUGGGAGACCAGGAAAAACCAAUAAGCCUGCACAAUCAGUUGUCUCACACGGAGCCGAAUGCAGAUCCAGGCCUCACCUACAGGGUGAGGAUGAGGGCGAGACGGUACAACUAUUGCACAUUAAACUCUCCCUGGGGUGACUGGAGUCACACCGUCACGGUGGAACAAACAAACAAACUCAGCCUUCUUAUCAUCAUCUCAAUGUCACUCGGAAUACCCAUGAUCCUCCUUGCUUUGCUGCUCUUGGUGCGCCAUCAGAGAGUGUCUGAGGUCCUGUUUCCUUCGAUUCCCCGCCCCCCGGAGAAGUACAAAGGUUUCCUGGAGAAAAGCGACACAUUCAAUUUCUUUCACCCUGCCCCGUCAGCUGAGCCUGUGGAGGAAAUCACAGAGGUGGAGGACAUGGAGCAAAACUCUGGGUAGACUUUUAAAAACAGUACAUGUGAGCGACAUAUUUAGAUAAAAUACAAACCUCGAAAUCGCUGCACAGUUAGGCCCAAUUCUAUCAGAUUUUAUAAAUUUGCAUAAAAUGCAAAAGUUUCAAAGUGUGUUUAUCAAGCUGUGUAUUUGUGUAUAAACUGUAGUGUUAUGUCUCGUGACAUAUCAGAAUCAGAAUCAGAAUCGGGGUUUAUUGCCAAGUACAUUUACACAUAUAAGGAAUUUGACUUGAACUAGAACUAGCAACAACUUAAAUAAUACAGUAUGAGAAGCUAUUAAAAUACAUAGAAUACAAUUUAAAAAUGUGAACUAUAAAAUAUAAAAAAUAAAACACAAAAUGUACAAAAGGUGCAUUGUAGGAGCUGUGUAGUGGACUAUGAGUAAAUCUUUCAGUGUAUGUAACCGACUCACAGAGUGCAUGUAAAAGGCUUUCAAAGUGUGUUUAACAAGGUGUGUAUCUGUGUAUAAAUUGUAGUGUUAUGUCUCUUGACAUAUGCUAUAAGUGAGGAUUUUCUCUGCUAACUAAGUCAUGCAAUGUAUUUUAAUGAAAUACAGUUUUACACCCUGAUCCACUCAGACGAGUAGAUUUUGUGCUUCUUUAAAAUGUGUAUACCUUUUUCUGUGUGUAAUAAAAAAAGAGGAAUACAGUUUU